AUGACGACGGUGACCUACGACAACGACAAUGUCGUCGAGCUUCCGCGGUGGACAAGCUCUACCAACCUCGGCACCCUCACGCGGGCCUCGUUCCCGCCAGAAUGCCUCAAAGACCUAGCACGCUUCAACCACCCCACAACCGCACUCGGUCCACCACACGCCUACAUCACGCAGGGAUGCGCCCUCAACAAGUGUUGCCCGCCGGGCGGAGCCUACACCGAGGACUGGGCGUACGUGACGAGCUACUACUCCCCCGGAGUUUGUCCGUCGGCGUACAAAAGGUGCGACUUUAAGGGCACACACCCGGCCUUUAAGACGGCGAGCGACGAGAUAGUGCGCUUCUGCUGCCCGAGCAACUACGCAUGCCCCGCCGUGACGGGCGACCUGAUCAAACCCUGCGAGAGCAUCGCGACGACGCGCCAGCUCGUGAUAACCGUGUACGACGACGUGGCGGCGCAGAAGCCCGUCGCGACCACGACCAUCGACGGCAUCGGCAUGGGCGGGGCGCGCGCCGCCGAGACCACGGGCGUGGUCAACGUCGCGUACCCGAUCCAGGUGCGCUUCAAGCAGGGCGAGGACGCCGCGCUCGUGCUCGGCGGCCGCAUCCUGCCCACGGUCGGCAGCCCGAACCUGCUCGUCGCGUCGUCGACGGCUUUGCCCGGCGUAGGCGGCGGCGGCGGCGGCGGCGGCAGCAGCAGCGUCCACGGCGCCGGUGGCGGGAGCAGUGCGAACCAGAACCAGAGUGCGGGUGGUGGUGGCGGGAUACCCACGGCCGUGGUGGUGGCUUUGAUAUUGGCGGCGGCGGUGGCGGUGGCGGUCGCGGCGACGGUCGCGGCUAUGAGGGUCGUACGCAGACGACGGAGGGAGCUGGGCCUACCGGCCAGUGCGCAGCAGGUAGCGGCCAUGAGGGCCGAUGCCGAGAGGAGAAGCCAGAGGACGGCACAGCAGAGGAUGGCGCAGCAGAGGAUGACGCAGCAGCAGACGGGUGCGGAAAUGUGUCCCUCGCACGGCAUCCCACCGGAGCAUCGGCAGAGGAAGCUCUCAGUACAGCAUAACGGAACAGCUACGAGUUCCCGGGUUGAAUUACAAGGUAGUAGUAGUAUGAUAUAG